GUUUGCUCAGGGUUUGAAGUCGUUCGAAGAAACCGAAAGGUCCGAAUGAUAACAAGGUACCAUGAACUACACAAUUUAAAUGUGUUUAUGGUCUAUUCCUAAAAUGUUGAGCGAGGUUUCUAGGACAUAAAAGCCGGCUCGUACAACCAAUGCAUUUCUCAUUGCUCGCCGUCAUUGCUUCUCUGGCAGCAUUUAUGUUUGUCAGUGCCACACCAGCUGUUUUCAGCAGGGAAUGUACUGCCAAUGGUGGGGAAUGCAAAGAAAGCUCCGAGUGCUGCUCUGGAAUUUGCCUGAUUCUUGACUCGCUUAAUACUCUUGGAUCCAACCUCGGAGUCGUGACUCACCCUUACGCGCUUUGUAAUAGGAAAGUCAGCAACUCUACAGCGAAGGGUUUUGCUUCAAUCAGAAGUUGUUACAUCGGAGUGAGUCAUGUUUCUGGCUUCGUAUUGGAGUUGUUGUUCAUGACUCGAUUCCUAGUGACUUGUUGGGUUGGUCAUUGUGAUCGCUGUUGGGCCAAUUUCACUGCGGCUUGAGCGAUAGG